GAGAGGCAGCCAGCGAGAAACCGGAGAGGAGAGGAGCGCCCUCCGCCCAAGGCGUCCUCCCUCCGUCUGCGCACAGGCGCUGUCGCUUGGCGGUGCAAGGUGCCUCCCAGCCCGCAAGGGCGCAGCGCACCAGCCUGCAGUCUCUUCGGUGGUUCUGCCCCGGGACCGCACCUGGAGGCCGCCCCUGACGGGGAUGGUAAGCAGCUGCCGCCGUCUGGCACGCCAGAGGGACGCGGUGAGGGCACCAUGGCGCUGACGCCCCAGAGGGGGUCCUCCGCGGGGCUGAUUCGGCCCGAGCUCUGGCUGCUGCUUUGGGUAGCUGCGUGGCGCCUGGGUGCCACGGCGUGCCCCGCCCUCUGCACCUGCACCGGCACCACGGUGGAUUGUCACGGCACGGGGCUGCAGGCCAUACCCAAGAACAUCCCACGGAACACCGAGCGCCUGGAACUUAAUGGCAACAACAUCACUCGGAUCCAUAAGAACGACUUUGCGGGGCUCAAGCAGCUGCGGGUGCUGCAGCUGAUGGAGAACCAGAUUGGAGUGGUGGAACGAGGGGCUUUUGAUGACAUGAAGGAGCUGGAGCGGCUACGACUGAACCGGAACCAGCUGCACAUGGUACCAGAACUGCUGUUCCAGAAUAACCAGGCUCUGUCGAGGCUGGACCUGAGUGAGAACACCAUCCAGGCCAUCCCCAGAAAGGCUUUUCGUGGAGCUACAGACCUCAAAAAUUUACAGCUGGACAAGAACCAGAUCAGCUGCAUCGAGGAAGGGGCCUUCCGGGCUCUGCGGGGGCUGGAGGUGCUGACCCUGAACAACAACAACAUCACCACCAUCCCUGUGUCCAGCUUCAACCACAUGCCCAAGCUGCGGACCUUCCUGGAGCCCAUGCCCUGCCCGGACCUGGCAGGUCAGGGGGAGGCAGGGCGCGUGCCCUCCUGCACCCUCUCCUCCGGCUCCUGCCCGGCGAUGUGUGCCUGCAGCAAUGGCAUUGUGGACUGUCGUGGCAAAGGUCUCACCGCCAUCCCUGCCAACCUGCCUGAGACCAUGACGGAGAUCCGCCUGGAGCUCAACGGGAUCAAGUCCAUCCCCCCAGGAGCCUUCUCUCCCUACAGAAAGCUUCGGAGGAUAGACCUGAGCAACAACCAGAUAGCAGAGAUCGCGCCUGACGCCUUCCAGGGUCUCCGCUCCCUGAACUCGCUGGUCCUCUAUGGGAACAAGAUCACAGACCUCCCCCGGGGUGUGUUUGGAGGCCUGUACACCCUGCAGCUUCUGCUCUUGAACGCCAACAAGAUCAACUGCAUCCGGCCCGAUGCCUUCCAGGACCUGCAGAACCUCUCCCUUCUCUCCCUGUAUGACAACAAGAUCCAGAGUCUCGCCAAGGGCACUUUCACCUCUCUGAGGGCCAUCCAGACUCUCAUUGAGACAAGUGGGGCCCGCUGUGCCAGCCCCCGGCGCCUCGCCAACAAGCGCAUCGGGCAGAUCAAGAGCAAGAAGUUCCGGUGUUCAGCCAAAGAGCAGUACUUCAUUCCAGGCACGGAGGAUUAUCAGCUGAACAGUGAAUGCAACAGUGAUGUAGUCUGUCCCCACAAGUGCCGCUGUGAGGCCAGCGUGGUGGAGUGCUCCAGCCUGAAGCUCACCAAGAUCCCUGAUCGCAUCCCCCAGUCCACGGCUGAGCUACGAUUAAACAACAAUGAGAUUUCCAUCCUGGAGGCCACUGGGAUGUUUAAAAAACUCACCCAUCUGAAGAAAAUCAACCUGAGCAACAACAAGGUGUCAGAAAUCGAAGACGGGGCCUUUGAGGGCGCAGCCUCUGUGAGUGAGCUGCACCUCACCGCCAACCAGCUGGAGUCCAUCCGGAGUGGCAUGUUCCGGGGCUUGGACGGCUUGAGGACCCUGAUGCUGAGGAACAACCACAUCAGCUGCAUCCACAACAACAGCUUCACGGGCCUGCGCAACGUCCGCCUCCUCUCGCUUUAUGACAACCAGAUCGCCACCAUCUCUCCCGGGGCCUUUGACACCCUGCAGGCCCUCUCCACACUAAACCUCCUGGCUAACCCUUUCAACUGCAACUGCCAGCUGGCCUGGCUGGGCGACUGGCUGCGGAAGAGGAAGAUUGUCACGGGGAACCCUCGAUGCCAGAACCCAGACUUCUUGCGACAGAUUCCCCUGCAGGACGUGGCCUUCCCUGACUUCAGGUGUGAGGAAGGCCAGGAGGAGGGGGGCUGCCUGCCCCGCCCGCAGUGCCCCCAGGAAUGCGCCUGCCUGGACACCGUGGUCCGAUGCAGUAACAAGCACCUCCAGGCCCUGCCCAAGGGCAUCCCCAAGAAUGUCACAGAACUCUACCUGGACGGGAACCAGUUCACCCUGGUUCCGGGACAGCUGUCUACCUUUAAGUACCUGCAGCUUGUGGACCUAAGUAACAACAAGAUCAGUUCCUUAAGCAACUCCUCUUUCACCAACAUGAGCCAGCUGACCACCCUGAUCCUCAGCUACAACGCCCUCCAGUGCAUCCCUCCUCUGGCCUUCCAGGGGCUGCGCUCCCUGCGCCUGCUGUCCCUGCAUGGCAAUGACAUCUCCACCCUCCCAGAGGGCAUCUUUGCAGACGUGACCUCCUUGUCUCACCUGGCCAUUGGUGCCAACCCCCUGUACUGUGACUGCCACCUCCGUUGGCUGUCUGGUUGGGUGAAGACAGGCUACAAGGAACCGGGCAUUGCCCGCUGCGCUGGGCCCUCAGACAUGGAGGGCAAGCUGCUCCUUACCACGCCUGCCAAGAAGUUUGAAUGCCAAGGUCCCCCCACGCUGGCUGUCCAGGCCAAGUGUGAUCCCUGCUUGUCCAGCCCGUGCCAGAACCAGGGCACCUGCCAUAAUGACCCCCUUGAGGUAUACAGGUGUACCUGCCCCAGCGGCUAUAAGGGCCGAGACUGUGAGGUGUCCCUGGACAGCUGUUCCAGUAGCCCCUGUGAAAACGGCGGAACCUGCCACUCACAGGAAGGCGAGGAUGCUGACUUCACGUGCUCCUGUUCCACCGGCUUUGAAGGACCUACCUGUCGGGUGAACACAGACGACUGUGUGGAGCAUGCCUGUGCCAAUGGGGGCACCUGCGUGGACGGUGUGGACAACUACACGUGCCAGUGCCCCCUGCAGUAUGCAGGAAGGGCCUGUGAGCAGCUGGUGGACUUCUGCUCUCCAGAUCUGAACCCGUGUCAGCACGAGGCCCAGUGUGUGGGUACCCCGGAUGGGCCCAGGUGUGAGUGUGCACCAGGUUAUGCAGGUAACAACUGCAGCGAGAACCAGGAUGACUGCAGAGAUCACCGCUGCCAGAAUGGGGCCCAGUGCGUGGAUGAAGUCAACAGCUACUCCUGCCUCUGUGCUGAAGGCUACAGUGGGCAGCUCUGUGAGACCCCUGCCCACCCGCCCGCCCCCAGGAGCCCCUGUGAGGGGACUGAGUGCCAGAACGGGGCCAACUGUGUGGACCAGGGCAGCCGGCCCGUGUGCCAGUGCCUUCCGGGCUUCGGUGGCCCCGAGUGUGAGAAGUUGCUCAGUGUCAACUUCGUGGAUCGGGACACUUACCUGCAAUUCACCGACCUGCAGAAUUGGCCGAGGGCCAACAUCACACUGCAGGUCUCCACGGCAGAGGACAAUGGGAUCCUGCUGUACAACGGGGACAAUGACCACAUCGCAGUGGAGCUGUACCAGGGCCAUGUACGUGUCAGCUACGACCCAGGCAGCUACCCCAGCUCCGCCAUCUACAGUGCUGAGACGAUCAAUGAUGGGCAGUUCCAUACUGUCGAGCUGGUCACCUUUGACCAGAUGGUGAAUCUUUCCAUCGAUGGCGGCAGUCCCAUGACCAUGGACAACUUCGGCAAACACUACACACUCAACAGUGAGGCCCCCCUCUAUGUGGGAGGGAUGCCAGUGGAUGUGAACUCGGCCGCCUUCCGCCUGUGGCAGAUCCUCAAUGGCACCAGCUUCCACGGUUGCAUCCGAAACCUGUACAUCAACAAUGAACUGCAGGACUUCACUAAGACGAGGAUGAAGCCAGGCGUGGUGCCAGGCUGCGAGCCCUGCCGGAAGCUCUACUGCCUGCAUGGCAUCUGCCAACCCAACGCCACCCCAGGGCCCGUGUGCCAUUGUGAGGCCGGCUGGGGGGGCCUGCACUGUGACCAGCCAGCUGAUGGCCCCUGCCAUGGCCACAAGUGUGUCCACGGGAAAUGUGUGCCCCUCGAUGCUCUUUCCUACAGCUGCCAGUGCCAGGAUGGGUACUCGGGGGCCCUGUGCAACCAGGCUGGGGCACCCGCAGACCCGUGUGUGGGCCUGCAGUGCCUGCAUGGCCACUGCCAGGCCUUGGCCACCAAGGGGGCACACUGUGUGUGUGAUCCUGGCUUUUCGGGCGAGCUUUGUGAGCAAGAGUCCGAGUGCCGGGGGGACCCUGUCCGGGACUUUCACCAGGUCCAGAGGGGCUAUGCCAUCUGCCAGACCACGCGCCCACUGUCGUGGGUGGAGUGCCGGGGCUCGUGCCCAGGCCAGGGCUGCUGCCAGGGCCUGCGGCUGAAGCGGAGGAAGCUCGCCUUUGAGUGCAGCGACGGAACCUCCUUUGCGGAGGAGGUGGAGAAGCCCACCAAGUGCGGCUGUGCCCUCUGCGCCUAGCACCCGGCACUGGCCAGCGGGGCGGGGGUGGGCCGGUGGGGGCACGGCCACCGGGAGACCUGGGCUGGGGGUCGAGCCGUCAUCAGGAUGGCUCCUGAGUGGCUGGACCCUCUCGGGUGGGCCGGGGCCGACCUCCCAGGAGCUGGGCAGCCUUUCUUGAGUCAACUGCUCGCAGCUGGGGGCUGAGCAGGUGGGCGAGGCCUGGCUGCAGACCGACCUCUCCUGAAGUGCCUUGCACAAGUAGGCGCUUAAUAAAUAUUUGUUGAAUGAAUGUGUGCGUGAGGUCAGGCCAAGAAGUGCAGCAUGGUGACACACUCCCUCCUUGCCUGCUACCUGGGUCUGAAGAAGGGACUGGCCCCUUCCCAAACCAGCCUUUCCCUCUUGUCUGAGGCCCACACUGGGGCCAGAGCCCCUUGCCCCCUGCAGAUAACCCGGAAGGACUCUCAGCGUCCCCUGGGGCAGCCAGCCUGGCUCUCAGCUCCUUCUGCUGUACAGCAUCUUCAGGCAGUAGGCCAGGCUGCAGAGGGGAAGGGCCCCCUCCUGCUGGCCAGGAAGGGACUGACCCUUGUCCUUGGGCUAAUUGGCCGAACAGCCACUGCUCCCUCAGGAACAAUGCUGGGGAUGGAGGUGGGUCUUAGGACCAGACCUCUGAAUCCUAAAGUUAUGGGAUCAUUGUAAUUUCAAGGAGGGAGCUCAUGUGGAGGAAAUGGUCACUGGGACUGCUUGGAGUGGGGGGACCCCACCAAAGAUGACAGGGGCAUUCUUGGUUCUAAGUGAAUAAACAUCAUCACUUCUAAACACUAGCUAACGAAUGGGCAUUGGUCCUGGGUUUCCCCAGCCACCAGUGGCUGGUAAGCCAUUGGCAGAGGGACAAGGUGUGGAGGGCUUGGGCUAGGCUUGGCCAGGGAGGGAUCCCUUCUGCAGGGGAUGGGGUUCAGCUCCCCUCACACUGCAGACAGGUAGGGAGCAGUGGUCCAGGCAUCAGAAAACCUGCUGGCUCUGCCACUCUGGGCAAACUUCUUCCCUGUGGGCCUUGGCCUCCUCGGCUAUCCAAUGGGGAGGUGGGAUGACAGAAGCAAUGGAGACCCUCACUGUGGCUCCAGGAGGGAGGUCCCAGGAGUUACAAGAUCCAUUGUCGUUAAUCACAUCAACAAGUAUGUAUGUGCCUGACUGGGGCUGGGUACUGUGGAUGUUAUGUUCUCGUGGACAGAUGCCAACUAGUCACAGCACAUCACAGGAGCGACCUGGGUGCCCGGGAUGAGAGUUGAGUCAAGUGAGGGCUCCAACCACAGACGCUGACCGGGCUGGAGCUGCUGACCCUAGGUGUUUGCAAGGAAGGACUCAGUGUUUGGAAAGUCACUGAAUACAUGACCACGUAGCUACGGAUGCUUCUCUUCCAUGCAGAAUCAAAAAGUGGAAAGAUUUAUCUUUGAUCCUAAAUAGCGAGCUGGCUGUAAAAAAGGUCACACUCUCCUGUCCCAGAUGUCUUCCCAAGAGCAUGCCCCUGGGGAUCCCAGUGGGUGAGGGAGGUGAACACACCCCUUUCCUGGCUCCUUCCAUCUGCAAACAGAAGGCAGGGUUGGAGGAGUGUCCGGGGUGGGGUUGGGGUGGCAUCGUACUUGUGUUCUCAGCCACCGUGUCAGUGAGGGGAACCCUUGCUACCGAGUAGUCAAGGGCUGGAGCCUUCUGCGACUUCCACUAUGCUGGGACUCAGGCCAGCGAGUGUGAGUCCUGGACCAUGUCAUGGGAAGAGGACCCCGCCUUGCCCAGUUGAGGAGGUGCUCUUGUGGCUGGGUCUUCCCCUCACUAGGUUCUGGGCUCUAGUUUCUUGUAACUCUGAGCAAGGCCACAGCACCCCUGCCCGCUGGACAGCCUCCCUCUCUUACCUGGAGUUUCUGGGCCACUGAGGGACCCUGGAGAAAAGCUAGCACCAGGCUGGACAGACAGGAAAGCUCAAGUGCAGGUAGUUUGUCCGUUCCAUGGAAGAGAGGUGUUCUGGGACCCACCAACCCUGAGAAAUGUACCUUUCCCUGGCCACCCCCAUCCCCCCUGCCCUGGAGCAGCAGCUCCCUGGGCGUGAGGGGCCCUGACUGGCAGUGGCCUCUUUACUUCACAGGAAGUGGCAAGGGCACCUGCAGACAGGUGAUGGUGGCCAGGAGUCCUGCGGCCCCAGGGCCAUCGGGUGGGGAAGGCAGAGGAUGGAGUGCUCACAGGGAGCACAAGAGCUUGCCACUGGCCCCGCUUGUCCCGCCACAAUGCCUCAUGUCCCCGCCCAGCUUCACACCCACCCUCAGUCAAGCCAGAAAAUUGGGAGCCACAAGGGUGUGGAGGGCAUCAAGGGGCCGAGAGAGUCAUGUGCCCCAGGACCAACCUUCCCUCAACUUAGCCACCAGCCUGCAAGUUGCUGAAGACCUGGAUCACCACUCACCUUGCCUGUUCACGUUUGGGGCUGCGGAGUCCCAGAAGGCUACCAUGAAAUCAUCUGUCUGUCAAGUCAUCUCCACACCUUGCCACCCCUUAGGUGAAGACCUUCAGUUCACGUUGACGUUGCCAUUGGCGGUUUCCAUUAAACACGCACUGAAAGAGACACAAGCAGGCGAGUCCUGAGGUUGCUGCUGUUGCGGCAGCACUGCAGGCGACAGCGGCCCGGGCCCCCUGUGAAGGUGUCAGGAAAUGGAAAACGCUGGACUUUGUCUCUUCUUUGCCUGCUGUUAGCCUAACCACGAAAGUAUCUCUUUAUACAGAAUACUUAACAGAUUCUAAUAUAUAUUUGUAUUUCAUUUUGUUAUAGUAUUUUUAUAUGUUAAAGUCCACAUCCAGUGUCUCGUUUGAUUUUCAGAUGCUCUGUGGUUGUGACACUCUGUUUGGGGGUUUCUGUAGCCUUGUUUGGGUCACUCGUUAGAGAGGCUGGUUUGGAACAGGCCCGUGAGAGAGCCCCGCUUGCCCUUUGCCUAGAAGUGUUGUUUUAGAACAGGUUGGAUAUUGUCUGUCUUCCAUGUGAACAUGACAUUGAUUCACUCAG